CCUAAUAUAAAUACCUUCCGGAGCUUUUGCAACUCAUCAUACUCAAAUCUUCUUGCAAAUAAAAACACUUUUUUCUGCCUUUUCUUCUCUUUCCACAAUUAUAUUUAUCUUACUAGAAUGGCAAUCCGUUUUACUUCUGUACUCACAAAUGCAAAGCAAAUGAUAACCAAAAAUCAGCUAGUAGUACCAAAGGGUUAUGUACCAGUUUAUGUAGGAGAACAAACCGAUAAAAAGAGAUAUGUUGUUCCCCUUUCAUUCUUAAGCCGCCCUGCAUUCCAAGAAUUGCUGCAACGUGCUGAAGAUGAAUUCGGGUUCAAUCAUCCCAUGGGUGCACUCACCAUUCCUUGCACUGAACAAACAUUUUUUACUCUUACAUCUCAGCUUAGAUGCUAAGAGAAUUGAAGAACUACUAUAAAUAGAUUAUUUUUAUGGGUUUUUUUAUUCAAAAAAUAUUGUUUUUAUUUAAACCCAGAAGAUAUGUACAUAUAAUUUGACAUUUUCCCCCUUC